GAUAUCAGAUUUUGGUUUGGCUAGAACAUUUGGAGGAGAUCAAGCUGAGGCAAAUACAAACAGAGUGAUGGGAACAUAUGGUUAUAUGCCUCCUGAAUAUGCUCUCCAUGGACAUUUCUCAAUCAAAUCUGAUGUAUUUAGCUUUGGUGUGAUGGUAAUGGAGAUAAUUAGUGGGAAAAAGAAUCGCAAUUUUCAUGACUCUGAGCAUCAGCUUAAUCUUCUUAGUCAUGCAUGGAGAUUGUGGAUUGAAGACAAGCCACUGGAGCUAAUAGAUGAGGUAUUAGAUUAUCCAACCGCACCAGUUGAAGUACUUAGAUGCAUUCAUGUUGGUCUAUUAUGUGUACAACAAACACCACAAAACAGACCAAACAUGUCCUCUGUGGUUUUGAUGUUGAAUGGUGAAAAGGUGUUGCCUGAGCCAAGUCCACCCGGGUUCUACACAGGCACAACUACUCAGUUUCCCAUUCAGGCAGAAUCUUCUUCCAGAAGUUGUGGAGAUAGAUCACAAAAUGAAGUUACAGUGUCCUUGUUACAGCCACGAUAGAGAACUAUUCUGUUCAUUAUUCAAGGAUUAAGAUAUCUCCAACAACUUAUUAGCUCAAGUGCUUCUGUGUAAGUUUGUUCAUUUAUGGAGAAGAUGUUCUUUUGUUCCAUGAACCAAAUCACUUGUUGUUAGAGACCUUAAACUUUAUUUUUUGAUGGCAAACAUACGAAAUGAUACAUGUAACAAUUUAUACAACGGGUUUUUUUGUCCAUGUUUAUUAUUAUGGGAUGUAAUAAAUAAUGUACAGAGGAAAGAUU